AUGCUUUCCCCUUGUCCUUUGUCUCUCUCCUUUCUUUUCCUGUUGAUCUCAUCUCUCCUCGGACCCUUGGAGUCCCUUCCAAGUUCCCACCACCCUCCUCCUUUUCUCUACCCCCCCCUCUCGCCAGGCUCGCCUCUUCUCUCCGAAGGGACAGCAGGGGUUCUAGAGUCCUAUAUGCAAGAAAGCCGGCCAAGCCCGCGGAGAGCUGCCCUGCCAUCCGUCAUAGGCCAGUACCGCCCGGUCCUGUGCCGCAGCCAACGAGUCCCAGAACUCCAGCAUCCCAAGAGAAGGGGGGGAAGAAGCAAAGAGGAACGAGUCUGGGCCGCGCUGGGACAGGUGGCCUGUUAUGCUGGUUUCAGCAACGGCGCUGCCGGGUCUUCGCGGGUGGGCGAUCAACGAUGGGUAUACAUAGUAGAUGGUGAUAAUAGUGGUAAUAACCCAGAGCGACGAUACUGGGGAGGUAGAAGCCUGUCGCACCUUAGACGGAUGUCAACUUCAUGA